UGCCGAACAAAGGACAAGAGGAGAACGCAGAGUUUAGGAACUGAAUAAUUGGUUUUAAAAAUGCUUUGGUCAUGGUGAAUGAGGCAACGUUUAAUUCCUGGAUUUGAUUCAGAAUUUAAGAGGAAGUUCUUGAUGACUUUACAGCACUACUGACGCACUGGAGUAGCCGAAUAAACACUAAACAACUCUGGCAGAUCAUGGACUCUAAAAGUAGCUCUAAACAGCAGGACCUUCAGAUCUGAAAAUGGGAGCUUGGACUUGUUGUUUGUGUUUGUGUAUCUUGGGGGUUAUAAUUUUUGCCCCAUGUCAGGGUCUGAAAUCAUGUGUGGAUGGAGUUACGAUCAAUGUGAUUCUGUUGGAUGAUGAAGUGUCUCCCUGGAGCCUGAAGUUUGUGAAAGGAGAAAUACUGAAGGCUAUAGAGACGGAUGCAGAGAUUAAUGAGUCAGAAGACUUGAAGUUUAAUAUCACGCUGAAAUUUGGUGGGUUCAACACAACCUUGUAUCGACAAAGAGGCUGCACGAGUAGCGCGUGUGAAGGAGUGGACCAGCUAAAACAACUGAUAAAUUCAAGUAACUUGGGAUGUGCAGUGCUUGGGCCCACUUGCACCUAUGCUACCUUCCCUAUGGUUGAUGUUGAAAAAGGUCUGAGGCUCAGUACUCCCAUCAUCUCAGCGGGAAGUUUUGGCACCUCCUGUGACUACGCCCUCAACCUGCAGCGCCUUCUGCCACCUGCACGAAAGAUUUCUGACUUGUUGAUUAACUUCUGGAAACACAGCGAAAAAAUCAAACCUGUCUGGGAGACGGCCUACGUUUACAAGAAAUCCACCAACACUGAGGAUUGCUUCUGGUAUAUAAAUGCGCUGGAUUCAGCUGCAGGCCAGUUUCCCAAGGAGAUAAAGAGAACGGUGCUGCGCAGACCAUCAGAUCUGAAUGAUGUUGUUACAUCGCCUCACAAUAGGACAAGCAACUUGUUCAUCAUGUGUGGAUCACCACAGGAUGUGAUCGAUGUGAAAAAUGGCUCCAAAGAGGCUGACGGCAGCGAUAUUCUCUUUCUUCUCAUUGAUCUGUACAAUGACAUCUACUACAACACAUUAUCACAGCCAGCGAUGAAGAAUGUGUUGGUGCUGACCAUGCCGAACACCAGAAACUACACAGUCAACACAGACCUGAAAGACAACAACACGAUGAAUGAUUACAUGGCGGCAUACCAUGAUUCAGUGCUGUUAGUUGGCAAGUUGAUAAGGGACAUAGUAAAAAAAAAUCAGUCAGCGAUGCAUACAAUGGAGUAUUUCAACGCGGAUAACUUCAGAAACAUCACAUUCAAUGGAAGUGCUGGAACCUACAGGCUGGACGAGCACGGAGACAGAGAUGCGAAGCUCUCAAUCAUUUGCACCACAACUGAAAACAAGUACGAGGUUUUAUUCACGUUCGACACCGAGUACAACCACACCACUCUGGCUAAGACAGAGCUCUCCUUCAUCUGGGGAAAUACACUUCCUAACGGCAGUCCAGAACAAAGCCCAGCUAUUCAUGACAUCAUUGUCAUCGUGUUGGGAGUUAUAGUGGUCGUGGUCGCCACCAUCGCCUUCAUUUUCUACAGACAGAACAGGAGAGACCGUCUGGUCAGGAAGCGUUGGUCCCACAUCCCCUCAUAUCUCGUCAUGCCGCUGGAGAACAACGAACACAAUGUCAUCUCUCUGAAGAUUGAAGAGGAGAGGAAAAAAAGGGAUUUUAAAAUCCGCCGUUCGCUCUAUGAUAAGAAGAUUGUGAUCCUGAAGGAGCUGAAGCACUCGGACGGCAACUUCAAUGAGACCCAGAGGAUAGAACUUAAUGCACUCCUGCAGAUCGAUUAUUACAACCUCACAAAGUUUUAUGGCACAGUGAAGUUUGAUCAGAGUGUGUUUGGAGUGUUUGAGUAUGGAGAAAGGGGGUCGCUCAAGUACGUGCUCAAUGACAAGAUCUCGUACCCAGAGGAAACCUUCAUGAACUGGGAGUUCAAGAUCUCAGUCAUGUUCGACAUCGCUAAGGGCAUGUCUUACCUCCAUGCCAGUGACAUCCAGGUGCACGGUCGCCUCAAGUCCAAAAACUGUGUGGUGGAUAACCGCAUGGUGGUGAAGAUCACAGACUUCGGCUGCAACUCCUUCCUCAGCCUUGACAAAGACUUGUGGACGGCUCCGGAGCACCUGAGGCAAGAGGGCACAUCACAGAAAGGAGAUGUGUACAGCUUUGCCAUCAUCUCUCAAGAGAUCGUCUUCAGAAGGAACACGUUUUUCACCAUGUGCUGCUCCAACAGAAAAGAAAAGCUGUCCAGGGUCAUGGCGUCCUACUUCAGACCUGAUCUCAACUGGGAGAGUGCUACAGAGAAAGAGUCAGAGGUGUACCAGUUGAUAAAAAGCUGUUGGGAUGAGGAUCCAGAAAAACGCCCUGACUUUAAGAAGGUUGAAAACUGUCUGGGAAAAAUCAUCAGUAAAAUCCACAACCAGGACAACGAGAGCUACAUGGACAACAUGAUCAAACGCCUGCAGAGUUAUUCAAGAAACCUGGAGCACCUUGUGGAAGAGAGGACAGUGCUCUACAAAUCUGAGAGGGACAGAGCAGACCACCUCAACUUCAUGCUGCUUCCUCGCCCCGUGGUGAAAAGCCUGAAAGAGACCGGCAUGGUGGAGCCCGAGCUGUAUGACGAGGUGACAGUUUAUUUCAGUGACAUCGUCGGCUUCACCACACUGUGCCAGUACAGCAAGCCCAUGGAGGUGGUGGACAUGCUCAACGACAUCUACAAGGGCUUCGACAGCAUCGUCGACCACCACGACGUGUACAAGGUGGAGACGAUUGGCGACGCCUACAUGGUGGCGUCUGGGCUUCCGAAUAGAAACGGUAACAGGCACGCAGUGGACAUCUGCCGUAUGGCGCUCGACAUCUUGGCCUUCAUGGGGACGUUUCAGCUCCGACACCUGCCCGGUAUCCCUGUAUGGAUACGAAUCGGUGUCCACUCAGGUCCCUGUGCAGCAGGUGUUGUGGGAUUAAAGAUGCCCAGGUAUUGUUUAUUUGGAGACACGGUCAACACAGCGUCUCGUAUGGAGUCUGCAGGUCACCCCCUGAAGAUCCACGUCAGUGAGCCCACUAUAAAUAUCCUGCAGAGGACGGACUGCAAGUAUGAGUACGAGAUCAGGGGAGAGACAUAUCUGAAGGGAAAAGGCACGGAGACGACUUAUUGGUUGACAGGUGAGACGGGCAAAGACUACGACCUCCCAACGCCUCCAACAGCAGAGAACUUCCAGCGGCUCCAGCAGGACCUGGCACAGAUGAUCCUGGCUUGCCUGGAGCGCCGCUCUCAAGGAUCAAUUCGGAGAAAGACGCCGCUCUCGAGUCAGAGCACCGAGGACGACAAAGAUCGAGAAUCAGGUGUGGAGUCUGAGGGAGAGAAUCCUGAGUACCUGCAUCUGGCCACUGUGGAUAACACCCUCAGCACCUUCCUGUAGCACCAAGCCACUGUUCAGCAUGAAUGUAUGAAGUGACUCUUCAGACUGACGGGAGGUGACCAGCAGGAUACAGGGAGCAGAGAUGUUUGACGUAAACUGAUCAGUUCCAUUCUUUGGAGGCUAAAUGGGACUACGAGAAGUAAAGAUGUCCAGACUACAACGACCCUAAAGUUUUCUACCUAUGGACCCUAACCCUACAUAAUAUGUAAUAUAUACGUAUUAUAUUAACAUGUCUACAGCUGUGUUAAAUGAUUCGACAGAAUAAAGAAGAUAUUAUAGUUAUUACAGAUGUUUAAUAAGCCAUACAGACUCUAAAGAGACAACUUCAUCAGUCAUGCAAAUAAGUUCCUCCCUGGGGAUGAGGAGGAAGAAUCUACUUGUUUGAUUGUUUUCUGGGCAUUCUCUUCUUUACUUGUAAGGAAAGCUAAAAAGAGAGAGAUUAGAAAUAUGAGGAUGGGAGGAGGAUAAGAUAAGACAUGCAUACAAAGAGGAGGGUUAGAAUCAAACCAAUGUCACUACUGCAAGAACUUUUGUUUUCUGUACAUAACACGUGAGCUAUAUCAUAUUUAACUAGUAAUUUACUUCAACUCAGACAUAAAUACAGCUUUUAAGAGUUGAAGAACAAAGUACUCCUUCAUGACAUGAACUAUCACUUUUACCCUUUGCAGCUGCUGUGAGGAAAUGUGGUUUGUGUUGAUUUGGCACUGCCCUGUGGGCAAAGAUCUCAAAGCUUUGCUGAUCUUGUCAAGUUGCUACAUGCCAAGGUAGUAUAAUUGGACAAAAAAAUCUCAGCCUGUGCUCUUUUAACUUUUUAACUCUUGUUGAAAACUGUAAAUGUAAAGAGGCUGUAUCCUCAGUGAGCUGCCAAUCAUCUGCAGUACUCCUUGCAGUGGUUUCAAAUGUCAGUUGUUAGUUGAUGGUCUUGUUUGCUGUUUAUAAGCUGUAGUGAAGCAUCUGUAUCGGUUUACGUUCCACGAGAAGUUAAGAACUCCUCAAACAAUCAUUGAUUCCAUAUUGUUGAACUUUAAAAUGAAUCCUUGUAUUUUAAUAUGUGAUAUGUUAUUUUGCAGAAUCCAACAUGCUUUGAAGUGAGAUUGAUGCAGGAAAGACUAAGCCUGUGAUGUUGCAAAUAGUGAGGAUGAAUGAAUUUAAGAUUGUUCAAACCAACACCAGCUUUGUUCUUAUUUGCACCUCUGACUGCUGCAGAUAGGUGGAGUCACACACUCUCAAAUGAAAUUCAGAAAAUAGCUCACACAUUGCUUUGUAUUGACAUAUUUUUGUUUAUACUUAAAUGUCAUCUACUGCAUUUUAUCUGCUCCUGGUUCCUUCUUGUGCAUGAGUAUUUUUAUGCAAUGGACUUUUGACCACAACUUCAUCACUGAGCCAGUUGUCUCUGGUGGCUUGAUCCAAGUGUCUGUAGUCACAUGUCACAGUGCCUUUGGGCAAGAUGCUGAAACCAAAAUUGCUUCCAGUGACACAAUGACAUUAGUUCAAACUGAUGAUCCCUUACGAUAGCAUCCUCUGGCAUCAGUGUAUGAAUGUGAUGUGAAUGGGUGAAUGUGAUAAGCAAUGUGAAAGCGCUUUGAGUGGUCAGAAAGAUAACCAAAGUGCUAUAUGAGUAUAAGUCCAUCUCCCACUUACAUUACUAAAGGAGUAUUUUCUGUAUAAUUCAACCAGUGAGAUACCAGUGUGAUGGUUCACAGGGGGACAACUCUAGUUGAAGCGUUGUUAUUUCUGUGUUUAUAGUGGCAUCAUGGUCGAGUCAUGUUUGUAACAUUUUUCUCCAAAAACCACGAUUUUCAAACCUGAAUUUAAACCAAAGGACAAAGAUUUAUUUUUGUUUAGAAUUGUGACAUUCAUUUACAUUAAAUAAAAAAACUAACAAAAAUC